AUGUUUCUCAUUGUUCUUAUUGCAUUGUUUGCUGUCUUCGCUCGUUCAAUCGAUUCGGCUACUCACUACAACAACCAUGGGUAUCCAAUAGGCGCAUAUAAUGGAUACAAUGGAAACAAUGGAUACGGUGGCUACAACAAUUACCACGCACCCAACGCUUAUGGAGCAAACGGAGGUUACGGAGGAUACGGAGGUUUAGGCGGCUACGGAGGCUAUGGAGGAUAUGGAGGCUAUGGAGGCUACGGAGGAUAUGGAGCAAAUAACUACGACGGCGAAGAAGGUGAAUACGAUGAUGAAGGAGAUUAUGGAUAUGGCGAGCAUGGAAAUGCCGCGAUAGUGCAUCCAGGAUCGAAGGAAUUGUACAUCGAACCCCAUGGAAUAUCUAAAAGUGUUUCAGUUCAGUCGUUGUACCAGACGCACCCAAGUCCAUAUGGUUAUGCUUCUAAUUAUAAGCCAUUAUAUGGCAGCACUUAUUACAAGAGGUAA